AUGAAGGAUGGAGAUAGAGCUGGCGUAUCUAUGUUCCGCGAUGACAGUGCCUAUAUCGGUAUCCAUAAGCAUGCGGAGGAAGCCAAGCUGGUCUAUGUCGGCAAUGUAAAAGUCGGUCCUCUGAAUGUGCCUGUAGGGUACGUCAAUGGCCGCCCUGUAGCUUUGGACUGGCAAUGCGUCUCGAAUGGCUCGAUCAAAUCGGAGAGAUCGCUGGCGAGCGAUCGAGUAUGGCUACGGAUCAAGGUAGGUCUGAGGGCUGCUCAUGCAGAUGGGCACGAGAAUGAUGCGAGAAAUGCCACAUUUGAGUACAGCUUUGAUGGCACAACGUUCACGCAAUUUGGUUUAGUAUACUUGUUGACCAGAUCCACCAUGGGCUACAUAGGUUAUCGCUUUGGGCUGUUCAACUUUGCAACGGAGGCUCUGGGAGGACAGAUACGGGUAGAUUACUGA